AUGAGGAGCGUCAGGAGGCGAGUGCCUCGCGUAGCCCGCGGGGAAGGACGCAGAGGCAGCAGCCGGGACUGGCACUCCACACCUCCCUCGCUGCUCCGGACCAACACCAGCAUCGAGGGGGUUACCGACACCGAGCAGAUUCGAGUUACCUACGGUUCCGGGAGGCUGCCGGCUCCGGCCAGGGCGGGCAGCGCCCACUCGCCGCGCAGGCCCCGCUCGGCACAGCCCAGCCCCUGCCCCGCUCCCGACAGCCCGAGGCGCUCCCCCACUCCCUGCCCGGCUCUCCAGGGCGCUCCCCUCCGCAGACCGGGAAGGGCCGGGCGGCCGCGCUGUCCCCCCGGGGUGGGGAGUAGGACCCCGCACGGGCUCGGGAGCGCGCAUCCCUCUCCCCCGGCUGCCCCUGCCCCUCACGCGGCCGCACGCAUCAACGGCCCCACCGCGCGCCCCUCACCUGCGGAGCCGCUGCGCGCGCGCCGCACAAGCCGCCGCCGCCACCGCACAGGCACGUCCGCAGCGCCGCGCGAGCUGGAGGCGGGGCCGCCGCGCAUUCGAACCGGCCGCCCGGCCGUGCUCCGCCAAUGGCGCCGAGCCGGGCCCGUUCAAAGUGACCAAUCAGCGCGCUCCGCGCCAAAAUUAAAAAAGAUUAGUCGCUAUGCUAUCCCAGUUUGUGGAAGAAGGGCUGGGGACAUAAUUAGAGAGGCACCUGUGGGCCCUGCUCAGCGAAUGUUCUGCCACCCACAGCCUUCCUCCACUGGUACCCAGGAAAGUGGUACUACAGCAGAGCACACCCCGCCGUCUCCAGGUGAGCCGCGGUGCAGGUGGGGGUGGCUGAGGGGGUUCCUCUGGCAGCGGCCGUUCUCCCGGUUUUCCAACGGGGCGGACUUCGGGGCGCUGUCCCCGCCCUGUGGCACCUCCGGCGCAGCCGGCCCCGGGCACGGGGCGGGACGGGGCGGCGGCGGUCCUGGAGCUAGCGCGCCUGCCCCCCGUGCCCUGCCCGCCGCGGGAGGAGAGCACGGCGGGCCUGGCCCCACCUGCGGGGGCGGUGGCGCGGACGGGACGGCCAGGCGCUGGCGUGAGCCUGGGACGGCUGUGCGAGGUGAGGAGCGCAGCCUUGGGAGCGCUGUAACAUGGCCUCCUCCUCCUUCCCCUCGCGUCCCGCGGCACGGGGCGGCAGGGACCAGGUGA